CCCAACCCCACCACUGUUUCUUCUGUACUUUCUUCUGUCACUCUUUCAUUUCACCCACGGAUAAUAAAUCCUCAGCUCCAGGCCUAAACAAAGUCCUAAGCUUUUUCUUCUCCUUCUUCUUCUUCUUCUUUCUUAUUGGACUUUUUUCUUUUGUGUGUGUAAUGGAGGAUGCUGAGUGGGUUCUGGUGAGGAAGCCUGCGGAGAAGGACGUGUGGGCCCCAAGUUUAGUGAAGGAGGAGAGUUCUAAGCCUUUGAAGGUUACGUUUUCUGGGCCUGCCAAGCAUUGGACUGAUGCUAUUCCAAUCGGGAAUGGGAGGCUUGGAGCCAUGGUGUGGGGUGGUGUGGCAUCAGAAAAACUCCAACUCAAUGAGGACACACUCUGGACAGGAACUCCUGGAAACUAUACCAAUCCAAAGGCUCCAGAGGCACUCACAGAGGUUAGAAAACUUGUUGACAGUGGUAAAUAUGUUGAAGCUACUGAAGCAGCAGUCAAGUUGUCAGGAGAUCCUUCUGAUGUUUACCAACUAUUGGGCGACAUCAACCUAGAAUUUGAUGACUCUCACCUCGAAUAUGCUGAAGAAAGUUACAGCAGAGAGCUAGACCUGGAUUCUGCAACAGCAAAGAUAAAAUACUCAGUGGGUGAUGUAGAAUAUACAAGGGAGCAUUUUUCAUCUAAUCCUGAUCAAGUGAUUGUGACGAAGAUCUCUGGAAGCAAAUCAGGGUCCCUAACAUUUACAGUUUCUCUAGACAGCAAGUUACAUCAUAAUUCACAAGCAAAUGGUAAAAACCAAAUUAUAAUAGAAGGAAGUUGUCCUGGAAAAAGGAUCUCACCAAAAUUCUUGUGUUUGAAUGACAAUCCGAAAGGGAUUCAGUUUUCCGCGGUCCUUGAUUUGCAGAUUAGUGGUGGCAGUGGUGUGAUACAUGUUCUGGAUGACAAGAAAUUAAGGGUUGAAGGGUGUGAUUGGGCUGUUUUGCUUCUGGUGGCCUCAUCUUCGUUUGAAGGACCAUUUUCUAAGCCUUCUGAUUCUAAGAGGAACCCAACUUCAGAGUCUCUCAAUGCAUUGAACUCUAUAAGAAAUUUGUCAUAUUCUGAUCUUUAUGCUCACCAUUUGGAUGACUAUCAGAAUCUUUUUCAUCGUGUCUCAUUGCAGCUUUCUAAGAGCUCUAAGAAAAUUUUAGGAGAUAAAACUUUGGAGCCAAAGAAACUUAACCCUAUAAGCAGUUUAAAUUUAAGGGCAAGUGAUGAUGCCUUAGUUUCAACUGCUGACAGGGUGAAAUCCUUCAAAACUGACGAAGAUCCUUCCUUUGUGGAACUUUUAUUCCAAUAUGGUCGAUAUCUGCUUAUUUCUUGUUCACGGGUUGGAACUCAAGUGGCAAACCUGCAGGGUAUAUGGAACAAGGAUAUUGAGCCUCCAUGGGGUGGUGCUCAGCAUUUGAAUAUAAAUCUUCAAAUGAACUAUUGGCCUUCCCUUCCUUGUAACCUAAGAGAAUGUCAGGAGCCCUUAUUUGAUUACACAUCUUCUUUAUCUAUCAAUGGGAGUAAAACUGCUAAGGUGAACUACGAAGCCAGCGGUUGGGUUGUGCAUCAAGUGUCUGACAUAUGGGCCAAAACAUCUCCAGAUCGAGGUCAAGCUGUGUGGGCUUUAUGGCCAAUGGGAGGAGCCUGGCUUUGUACUCAUCUAUGGGAACAUUAUACUUAUACAAUGGACAAAGGAACUUGCUGUUUAUAUAUGGUGCUUAUCUUAUCUGACUCAGGAUGUACAUUAUUUCUGCUGGAUUGGUUGAUUGAAGGCCGUGGAGGGUAUCUUGAAACCAACCCAUCAACUUCUCCAGAGCACAUGUUUAUUGCUCCUGAUGGUAAGCAGGCCAGUGUGAGCUACUCAUCAACCAUGGACAUAUCAAUCAUAAAAGAAGUUUUUUCUGCAACACUUUCUGCUGCUGAGGUUUUAGGAAGAACUCAGGAUGCUGUUGUUCAGAAAGUUCGUGAGGCUCAACCUAGGCUUUUACCCACAAAAAUUGCUAGAGAUGGUUCCAUUAUGGAAUGGGCUCAAGAUUUUGAGGACCCAGAAGUGCACCAUCGGCAUGUAUCACACUUGUUUGGCCUGUUUCCGGGACACACAAUUACCAUUGAGAAAACUCCAGAUCUCUGUAAAGCUGUGGAAAAUUCCCUCUAUAAAAGAGGAGAGGAGGGUCCAGGAUGGUCAACUAUGUGGAAGACUGCAUUGUGGGCACGUCUUCACAACAGUGAGCAUGCGUAUCGUAUGGUCAAGCAUUUAAUUGACUUGGUGGAUCCAGAUCAUGAAGCUGAUUUUGAAGGAGGACUAUACAGUAACUUGUUCACUGCACAUCCCCCUUUCCAGAUUGAUGCCAACUUUGGUUUUUCAGCUGCAGUUGCAGAAAUGCUUGUCCAAAGCACCAUCAAGGACCUGUAUUUACUUCCCGCUCUUCCCCGGGAUAAAUGGGCAAACGGUUGUGUGAAAGGACUGAAGGCUCGUGGUGGGGUGACAGUCAACAUAUGUUGGAAGGAAGGAGACCUUCACGAAGUCGGUCUUUGGUCCAAGGACCACAGUUCUAUUAAAAGAUUACAUUAUAGAGGAAGUACAGUUACAACAAACAUAUCAUCUGGCAGGAUAUAUACUUUCAACAGACAGUUAAAACGUGUGAGGACAACAUGUCUCUGAGAGCAGCAGCAUACGCAGUUUUAAGGUCAAAUUCAUCACAUUGAUUUAUAUUCCCAAUAAAUAUGGAAACGAAGUCCCUUCUUUGUUUCUUCUUAAGUAUCAGUGUCUUGUUAUUGAUUGUGGUUUUUAUUUUUCGGAAGUCAGUUUAGUGUAGCAAAUGAGAGAAUAAUUCAAGGCACCUUACUUGUAUAACCAUAGUAUUAAAUAUUGAUAUUAUCGGUGAAAUAUCGCCGAUAAUAUCGUUUUUUU